GCGCACACUGUACACUGAUGGAACCGCUAAUCCGCGUCAGUCCGCCAUCAGUUCUCCGAGAAAACCGCGCUGCGGCCGUGAUCCACCGUCGGUCGAUGGCCAGCCCAGAGCCCAGGUCCACAUAGACCGAUCAGAGGAGGCGGAACCCUGCAGGAAUGUUCCACCUCACUGACACCGUCCAGUAAAGUCACGCCAGGCGGGUCCACGUCCAUCCGCCGCGAAGUUUACGCACCGAAUCUGCAAAUUAGACGCGCGCUUCAUGAAAGCUUGAAUGAAUGACGCCGCCGCGUAACAGCGUUCCUACGCGCAAAUAUUUUGAGGACUGAAGCAGCAGUGAAUAUAAAAUUAUUGUUGCAACUCUGAGAGAGAGAGAGAUAGAGAGAGGAAGCGUUUGGAGACGUUUGUUUCUUUGACUGUGAAUGUGAUCGGAGCGCAUCCAGAAGACAGCCGCGCUGGAGCCGUCAGGAUAAACCGGGAGAUUCACUUUCACUAAACAGAAAAAUGUGAAGACCCUUGUGAGACUUCAACCUGUAAAAUAGCCUUCCACAAGAAAAAGGCAAAGGUCUCUUACGCACCACACAUCCAUUCUCUCUGAUUUCUCUGCAGUGGCCUAGCAGGCCUGUGAAAUAUGGAGCGCCGACAGGCUACACGCAGAACUUUAAUACCUAAUGCUCGAGUUGGAGCUAGAGCAACUCUGCUAGGCUUCUGGCUGUUAACAGUCCCUUCCCUGUGCAGUGGGCAGACAUUUACAACUUUCCAUCCUGAACGUCGGGAAUGGAUUUUCAAUCAUCUUACUGUUCACCAGUCCACAGGAGCAUUGUAUAUUGGUGCAGUGAAUCGUGUGUACAAGCUGUCUGGCAACCUGACCCUCCUUGUUUCUCAUGAUACUGGGCCAGAGGAUGACAACAAGGCCUGCUACCCUCCUUUGAUUGUUCAGCCAUGUUCAGAGCCCCUUGUCUCAACCAACAAUGUAAACAAGCUUCUUCUUAUUGAUUAUUCCCAAAAUCGGUUGCUGGCCUGUGGCAGUCUGUACCAAGGUGUGUGUAAACUUCUCAGAUUGGAUGACCUUUUCAUCUUGGUGGAGCCCUCCCAUAAGAAAGAGCAUUACCUUUCCAGUGUCACUCAGACUGGGACCAUGUAUGGAGUCAUUGUGCCAUCCCAUGGGAAUGAUGGAACUCUAUUUAUAGGCACAGCAGUAGAUGGAAAGCAGGACUACUUUCCUACCAUCUCUAGUCGUAAGCUGCCCCGAGACCCAGAAUCGUCUGCUAUGCUUGACUAUGAAUUGCACACUGACUUUGUGUCCUCCCUCAUUAAGAUACCAUCAGACACACUAGCAUUGGUUUCCCACUUUGACAUCUACUAUGUUUAUGGCUUUGCAAGUGGUAGCUUUGUUUACUUCCUGACAGUCCAGCCGGAGACUCCAGAGAACAGCAUGUCAUCAAGCAGCUCAACCAGCGACCUCUUCUACACUUCUCGCAUCGUGCGCCUUUGCAAGGAUGACCGCAAGUUCCACUCAUAUGUUUCUCUCCCUGUGGGCUGUGUAAAAAACGGCGUUGAGUAUCGGCUGCUGCAGGCUGCCUACCUGGGCAAGCCAGGCCACAUUCUUGCAUCCUCACUCAACAUUAGUACUCAGGAUGAUGUGCUUUUCACCAUCUUCUCGAAAGGCCAGAAGCAGUUCCAUCGCCCGCCGGAUGACUCAGCACUCUGCAUCUUCACCAUCCGAGACAUCAAUGCACGAAUCAAGGAGCGGUUGCAGUCUUGUUACCAAGGAGAGGGAAACCUGGAACUCAACUGGCUGCUUGGGAAGGAUGUGCAGUGUACGAAAGCGCCGGUGCCUAUCGAUGACUCCUUCUGUGGUCUAGACAUCAACCAGCCCCUAGGUGGUUCUCAGCUGGUGGCCGGACACACACUCUACACAGAGACUCGCGACCGCAUGACUUCUGUCACCUCUUGUGUCUACAAUGGCUACUGUGUCGCAUUUGUGGGAACCAAGAGUGGACGUCUGAAGAAGAUCCGAGUCGAUGGGCCUCCUCAUGGUGGUGUCCAGUAUGAGACACUAUCUGUGAUCAAGGAUGGUAGCCCCAUCCUCCGAGAUAUGGCCUUCUCCCUGGACCGCAACUACCUCUAUGUUAUGUCAGAGAGACAGGUAACUCAAGUGCCCAUUGAGUCAUGUGAGCAGUACGGGACGUGUGGCGAGUGCCUCAGCUCCGGAGACCCCCACUGUGGCUGGUGUGUCCUGCACAACAUUUGCUCCCAGAGGAACCGGUGUGAGCGUGCAGAUGAGCCAUACCGAUUCGCUGCCUCUCUCAACCAGUGUGUGAAGGCCACUGUGUACCCAGACAGCAUUGCAGUGUCUGAGCCCAGCUUACCUCUGCUGGUGAAGGUGAGCGAUGUCCCAGACCUUUCUGCUGGCAUCACCUGCUCCUUUGGCAACCUAACGGAGGUGGAAGGUCAAGUCAGUGGCAACCAGAUCCUCUGUGUGUCUCCUGCAGCCAAGACGUCCCUCUCAUUCCCACAGAUCAGAAAAAAACAAGAUUGGUCAGGCAUUGAGCUGAGGCUGAAUUCGAAGGAGACGGGUAAAAUGCUGAUCAGCACAGAGGUCAAGUUUUACAACUGCAGUGUUCACCAACUAUGCCUGUCAUGUGUGAACAGUGCCUUCCAAUGCCACUGGUGCAAGUACCGCAACUUAUGUACCCACGACCCCUCCAGCUGUUCCUUCCAGGAGGGACGAGUCAACACCUCUGAGGACUGUCCCCAGCUGGUGCGCUCUGAAGAGAUUCUGAUCCCAGCAGGGGAGGAACCUAUCACCCUAAAGGCCAGAAAUCUGCCCCAGCCUCAGUCUGGUCAGCGAGGCUAUGAGUGUGUCCUACACAUUCAAGGGGUCAGCCGAGUCACCGCCCUCCGCUUCAACAGCUCCAGUGUGCAGUGCCAGAACAGCUCGUAUCUGUAUGAGGGCAUGAGAAUCAGUGAGCUGCUGGUGGAUUUCUCAGUGGUGUGGAAUGGCAACUUCAUUAUUGAUAACCCAGAGAACAUCCAAGUGCACCUCUACAAGUGUGCAGCUCAGCGGGACAGCUGUGGCAUGUGUCUGAAGGCACAGAGGAAGUUCCAGUGCGGCUGGUGCAGUGGGGAGGGACGGUGCACCUUGCGGCACCACUGCCCUCCCAUCAGCCCUUACGCCACCCGCUGGCUGAACCUAUCCAGCAAGAAUGUGAAGUGCACCAACCCACGCAUCACUGAGGUGACCCCAAUUGCUGGACCCCCUGAGGGAGGCACACGGGUGACAAUCCAAGGCACAAAUCUGGGUCUGGCCUUCUCAGACAUGGUGGGAAAUGUGGAGGUGGCAGGUGUGAGGUGUACCCCUGUAGAGGAUGGCUACAUCAUCGCUGAACAGAUUGUGUGCGAGAUGGAUGCAGCGCCAGCAGACAGCAAACCGGGUCUGGUCCAGCUCUGCGUCGGCGAGUGUCGACCAGAACUCAAGGCUCGCUCCUCACAACUCUACUCCUUUGUAUGCCCGAAAAUCACAGGACUGUCCCCCAGCAGAGGUCCGGAGUCAGGAGGCACAAAAGUCACCAUAAUGGGAGAAAACCUUGUGCUGGGAGCAGUGUUUAAUGUGAAGUUUGGAAACCAGACAUGCGAGUUCUAUGGACGGACCAUGAUGGAGAUCGUGUGCUACUCUGCGCCCUCCUUAUCUGGGAUUGGCUCAGUACAGAUCAGCGUGAGGGGACCAUGCCCAGGUCAGGAGAUCCUGACCUUUGAGUACAUAGAAGAACCCACAGUGCAGCGGAUCGAACCCGACUGGAGCAUUGCAAGUAAAGUGGGACCAUGUGCACAUGGCCACACCCCUCUGAUGGUGACAGGGACCAAUCUGGAUGUGGUGCAGGAACCGAGGAUCCGAGUCAAAUACGCUGGACGGGAAUCUGUCAAUAUCUGUAAGGUAUUGAACACCACCACCAUGAGUUGCUUCGCUCCCUCCCUGAUGACAGAAUACCACUCAGGAUUGGACACAGUAAAACACGCCGACGAGUUUGGCUUCAUCUUCAACAACGUCCAGGCUCUGCUGGUCUAUAACAACACCAAUCUCCUUUACUAUCCAAACCCUUACUUUGAGCCACUCAGCACCACCGGUGUCCUGGAGCAGAAGCCGGGCUCGCCCAUCAUUCUCAAGGGCAGAAAUCUGGUUCCCCCAGCAGCAGGAGGGGUGAAGCUUAACUACACAGUCCUGAUCGGUGAGACUCCAUGCUCAGUUACUGUGUCGGAGAGCCAGCUGCUGUGUGAGCCACCCAACCUCACCGGACAGUACAAAGUCAUGGUUCAGGUUGGUGGCCUUCACGUCUCUCCGGGUGCUGUGCACAUCAUGUCUGACAGCCUGCUGACCCUUCCGGCCAUUGUCAGCAUCGCUGCCGGCGGAGGCCUCCUCCUCAUCAUCGUCAUCCUUGUCCUCAUCGCGUACAAGCGCAAGUCACGUGAAAAUGAUCUCACCCUCAAGCGCCUGCAGAUGCAAAUGGACAACCUGGAGUCACGAGUUGCUCUGGAGUGCAAGGAGGCUUUUGCAGAGCUCCAGACAGACAUCAACGAGCUGACCAGUGACCUGGACAGAGCUGGUAUCCCCCAUCUGGACUACAGGACGUACGCCAUGAGGGUCCUCUUUCCUGGCAUAGAGGAUCAUCCUGUCCUUAGAGAACUGGAGGUGUCUGGUAACGGCCAGCAGAACGUCGAAAAGGCCCUGAAGCUCUUUGGUCAGCUCAUCAACAACAAAGUGUUCCUGCUCACGUUCAUCCGCACACUGGAAAUGCAGCGCUCAUUCUCCAUGAGGGACCGCGGCAACGUGGCCUCACUUAUAAUGACAGCGCUGCAAGGACGGCUGGAGUACGCCACAGAUGUCCUAAAACACCUGCUGUCGGACCUCAUCGACCGAAACCUGGAGAGCAAGAACCACCCAAAGCUGCUGCUACGCAGAACCGAGUCAGUUGCAGAGAAGAUGCUGACAAACUGGUUUGCCUUCCUCCUUCACAAAUUCCUAAAGGAUUGUGCUGGGGAGCCUCUCUUCAUGCUGUACUGUGCCAUCAAGCAGCAGAUGGAGAAGGGACCCAUUGAUGCGAUCACAGGAGAAGCUCGCUAUUCCCUGAGCGAAGACAAGCUCAUCCGCCAGCAGAUAGAGUACAAAACCCUGAUACUGAACUGUGUGAACCCAGACAACGAAAAUAGUCCAGAGAUUCCAGUCAAGGUGCUGAACUGUGACACCAUCACGCAGGUCAAAGAGAAGAUACUAGAUGCAGUUUACAAGAACAUGCCGUAUUCCCAGCGGCCCCGCGCUGUCGACAUGGACCUCGAGUGGCGUCAGGGUCGAUUGGCUCGUGUUGUGUUGCAGGAUGAAGACAUCACCACAAAAAUAGAGAAUGACUGGAAGAGAUUAAACACGCUUAUGCACUACCAGGUAUCGGACCGCUGUGUGGUCGCUCUGGUACCCAAACAGACCUCAUCAUACAACAUACCUUCUUCAGCCAGUAUAUCACGAACCUCCAUCAGCAGAUAUGACUCUUCAUUCCGCUACACAGGCAGUCCCGACAGCCUCCGAUCACGCGCUCCCAUGAUUACUCCUGAUCUAGAAAGCGGAGUGAAGGUGUGGCAUCUCGUAAAGAACCAUGAACAUGGAGACCAGAAGGAAGGAGACCGCGGCAGCAAGAUGGUGUCUGAGAUCUAUCUGACCCGGCUGCUUGCUACAAAGGGGACACUACAAAAAUUUGUUGAUGAUCUGUUUGAGACGUUGUUCAGUACAGUCCACAGGGGGAGCAGUCUUCCUCUUGCCAUCAAAUAUAUGUUUGACUUCCUUGACGAGCAGGCGGACAUACAUGGCAUUCAUGACACAGACGUGCGUCACACGUGGAAAAGCAACUGCCUUCCAUUACGUUUCUGGGUGAACGUGAUAAAGAACCCACAGUUUGUAUUUGACAUCCAUAAGAGCAGCAUCACGGACGCCUGCCUGUCUGUAGUAGCUCAGACAUUUAUGGAUUCUUGCUCCACAUCAGAGCAUCGCCUGGGAAAAGACUCCCCAUCCAAUAAGCUGCUCUACGCUAAAGAUAUCCCCAAUUACAAGAGCUGGGUAGAGAGGUAUUAUGCUGACAUUAACCGGCUGCCAGCCAUUAGCGACCAGGACAUGAAUGCGUAUUUGGCAGAACAGGCAAGACUCCACUCCACAGAGUUCAACAUGCUCAGCGCUCUCAAUGAGAUCUAUUCUUACGUCAGCAAAUACAGUGAGGAGAUCACUGCAGCGCUGGAGCAGGACGAGCAGGCCAGGAAGCAGAGGUUGGCCUACAAGGUGGAGCAGCUCAUCUGUGCCAUGUCUCUGGAGAGCUGAGGGUGGCCCCUGUUCAAAGAGAGAGAGAGAGAGAGGGACCGUAGUCUUUUCCGGAACACUCAGUGGUCCCACAUCACUUACCUCUCACCAUGGACCCACAAAACCACGACAGCGGACCUGGGACAUCGAUAUUCACAGCCAAACAGACAUACGACUGCUUUAGUUUGAUCCCACCUUCUUUUAGAACGUCACCAGCUGAAGGCCUGCAGAUUGAGAAGAAGAAGAAAAAAAAAACACCCCGGAGGUAAUUGUGGCAAAAGGAACAUCGGCAGAGAAGGCAACAACAUGACGUGUGUGUGUGUGUGUGUGUGUGUGCUUUUGUUUUGUUUUUAAUCACAAAGGACGUGUGCGUGAGUGUGAUUGUGCAUGUUGAUUGCAAGAUCAACUGGAAGGAAAUGAUUUAUUCACUUUACUCGUGUGUGUGUGUGCGUCCUUGUGACUUUUAACCAUUGAGUUUACCUCCAGAUUUCUUACAUUUUAUUUUUCUACUUGUACACUUGAAAAUUAUCAGUUGCAGUCAAAAUAUCUGCCCAGGAUCCCGGAGCCUUGUUGUUCAGUGACAUAAAGA